CUCGAGCUUCGAGCUUUCGUCUUCGCGUCGGCGAUGAGCUUGCGGACCGUCAGUCGAGUCUCGUGUCUCGUCGGCGAAGCACGCGCCACCCUUCGCGCACGCACCCUUUCUCGAUCAUUCUCUCCCCCUCUCUCUAUAUAUCUCUCUCUCUCUUUUUUUUUCUUUCUCGAUCUCACGGCGCCGCGAUCGUUCAGGAUGUGCCCGCGAACGAUCACGAUCGCGUUCCUCGAUUGAACUCUCCGCGAGAAGACUCUUCGCUCUUGUUCGAAGGGCAGCGCUCGUACGGAAAAAUAUCUGGCGAUGAGGCGGCAGAUCGGCGUUCGGCUGAUCGAGCGAUGAGAUCCAGGGAUCGCUGAACGGCGUGCCAAAGGGAAUACCGCCGCACGUGUGACCGUCGCGAACCAUGGUGGACAAACUGCACGAGUACGAGGGGUUCGCCGGGAGGGUGCACGGUGUCCGGGACAAGAUCAAGGAGAAAUGGGAGGUGUGGAAGGAGUGGAAGAGCGGCGUGCCCCUCGACCAGGGCGUCGAGGGGGUCCUCAACCAUCUGCGGGGCCCGCCGAAGCUCGAGAGGACCUUGGACGAUUACGCGCACGUUUACAGGAAAAAGUCGCGGGGAGAAUUGGUGCGGGUGUCCGCAGCCGUGAUGGGAAUCGAGUUCUCGUACGCGGCGGAGACCGCGUUCGUUUCGCCGACCCUUUUGAAGAUCGGCGUGGACCAUCAGCACAUGACCUUGGUAUGGGCGCUGAGCCCUCUGAUCGGCUUCUUCGUCACCCCGAUUUUGGGCAGCCUGAGCGACCGAUGCAGAUCGAAGCACGGCAGGCGAAGGCCGUUCAUCUUCCUCCUCGCGAUUGGGGUGCUGAUAGGAUUGAUUCUGGUCCCGAACGGCGAGGGUUUGGGCUACGCGUUCGGCGACACCCCUCCGAUUCACACGAACUAUACCGUUCCACUCGGGCACCGGACCACGGCGAAACAGGGAAAGGAAGACGCUCCGAAGCCACCCUCGCACUCCUGGGGGAUCUUCUUCACGAUCCUGGGCACGGUGCUCCUGGAUUUCGACGCCGACGCUUGUCAAAGCCCUGCCAGGGCGUAUCUGCUCGACGUCACCACGCCUGAGGAUCACGCGAAAGGGCUGAGCACGUUCACCAUAAUGGCGGGCCUCGGCGGGUUCAUGGGCUACGGUUUGGGCGGCAUCAACUGGGACGCCACCACGAUCGGCGUGAUGCUCGGUGGUCAUUUGCACGCGACCUUCACGCUGAUCACCAUCAUCUUCAUCAUCUGCGUGUUCUGCACGAUCACCAGUUUCAAGGAGAUCCCCCUCGAGCUGCUGGAGAGGGAGGAGUACCAGCAACUUCAAGAGCAAAAGAUGGCUGGCGAAGAUAGACAGGACGAGGGGAAGGAGCACGACAGGAUCACGACGGAGGAGUCCGUGUCUUACGGGACCUUGGACAACGAUCAGGACACUGCGAAGAAAGACGAAUUCGUCCUGAAACCGCUGCCGGUACCGGAGCCGGAGAAAAGGGCCGGACAGGUGCCUAUGUUGCCGGACGCCGUACCGCAAGAGACCGAUUGCGGAACAUUCGGUUUGGAAGAUCCUGACGCGAACCCCAAGGCCACGUUGCGGGAGUACCUGAUGUCCAUUGUCUACAUGCCGUACAGUCUACGCAUGGUGUGCCUGACGAACCUGUUCUGCUGGAUGGCGCACGUCUGCUAUUCCCUGUACUUCACGGAUUUCGUCGGCGAAGCGGUCUACGGUGGUAAUCCGCAGGCGCCGGACGGUAGCGAGGAGCGGGAGCUCUACGAAAGCGGCGUGAGAUUCGGUUGCUGGGGAAUGUCCAUGUACUCGUUGUCCUGCUCCUGUUACUCGUUGGUCAUCGAAAGGUUGAUCGAACGCUACAAAGCCAGAAGAGUUUACGUCUGCGGCCUGCUGUUCUACAGUACAGGAAUGAUGAUGAUGGCGCUGACCAAACAUCCCGUGGGAGUGAUCGUGUUCUCCUGGACAGCCGGAGUGAUGUACUCCACUCUGUUCACCAUGCCGUACUUGUUGGUGGCGCAUUACCACGCUUCCUCGACGUUCGAGGUGACAGCCGACGGGGAAGCCGUGCAAAGCGAGGGUGUACGCGGCCUCGGGACCGACGUAGCCAUAGUCUCGUCGAUGGUCUUCCUGGCGCAGUUCCUGCUCUCUUGCUGCCUCGGCACGAUAGUCAGCAAAUCCGGAACCACCACCGCUGUGGUCUGCGUGGCCAGCACCCUGGCAGCCUGCGGAGCAAUCUCCGCCACGCAGAUCAUGUACCUCGACCUCUGAAGAGGACCGACGAACAGCCUCCUCGCAAGCAUACCGUGAAACCGCUCGAACAUCGAUGUACAAGAAAUUACGACGCUUCACCUACCGGUAGUUGAACGAUAUGCUCAUUCGAAAAUCGAAGUGUUAACGAUUUCUCUUAUCGCAUACGUCGAAUUUUUACGAGCAAAACAUCUUCUAAUGUUGUAUUCGUUUUCAUGGAAAUUUGUAACAUCGUAUUCGCCUCGUUUUUUCCUUAUAUUACUUAUGUGACAAGCGAUUAAUGUUUCGGACCUCAACUCGUUACACGAGUAAUUAGUUAUAAUUGUAAUAUCAGGUUUGAUGUUAUGUCAAUGAAGAGAAGAACGAGUUAAAUACGAUGGUUUUGUCGACGAAAGAUCUGAAAUAAGGAACAUCGGUUUUUGAAUUUAAAACGCUUUCUUUGACAAUCGCUAUUCUUCUUUACUUUUUGUAACACUAUAAAUACUAUAAAUCGUUUCGUUCGGGAUUUUUUGUUUUAACUUUCGAUAGGUGAAGCGUUAACCGAAUAUAACUGUGAGGUAUCCAUAGCCGUUUCUCAUAGACUCCAUGCACGUUGUAUACGAGCUUGUGCGCGAGGAACAAUAGCAGUUCGAUCGUGCACGGUGCGAUGUCCUAGGACUUGAUCUUAUUGUAUAAAGUCACCGAGAAGUUGUAACGAGGUCUGUAUAAUCUUUGGGACACCCUCUGCGCAAGCGGAGGAUUCCCGCCGGCGUGCGGCUCGUGUUCGCUUAACAACAGUGCCAUGUUAACAAUGCACAAAAAUAAAUGGCUCCGCUGACUGCAGGCGACACGGCUCCGACCCCACUUCCGACUCGAAACUGCAUGCUUCAGGACACUUGUAAAUAUGUGUGUAUCUUGUAAAAACGUAAUAAAAACGUGCGAAGGGCGCGCGGCUCUUCGGGAUUAAUCGAAA